UAGACUUACAAAAUAUAUAUCUAUCACUAAUUUAUUAAAACAGAUGCUUUUGAAAGAACAAAGCAGUUAUUUGGAAGAAUUGAUGUUGUGGUAAACAAUGCAGGUAUAGUCAAUGAAUUGGAAUGGAAGAAAAUGAUCGAAGUUAAUUUAAUCGGAGUGAUUCAUGGUAUUCAGCUAGGAUUUCAAUACAUGAGCACCGAAAACAGGAAUGAUGGAGGAUUUAUUAUCAAUACAAUAUCAAAUACUGGUGUAGAACCUUUCCCUCUUGCUCCCGUAUACUCUGGGACGAAGCAUGCUGUUGUUGGUUUGACAAGAAGUUAUGGUGCUGACUAUCAUUUCAAUAAAACAGGUGUGAAAGUUUGUGGCAUUGCUCCAGGUCCUGUUGAUACUGACCUGACUCGAAACUUUCAUUUAAGAUGUCUCGAUGAAAGAGAAGGUAAAGAGCUAGUUGCCAGUGUCACAACUGUAACACCUGAUGACAUUGCAAAAGGCCUGUUAAAGCUUCUUAAAGACGAUAAAAAUGGCAUCGUGUUGAGAGUAGAUUCAAGUGGAAUGUAUCUUGCCUGAAAGUUUUAUUUUUUUCGAAAAUGUUUGAUGACAAUGUUUGUUUCCAAAUUUUAAAAUCCAAUGAGAAUUUGUAAUUUCAUUUUACCAGACUAAAAAAUGUAUUUAGCAUUGGAUCCAUUUAUUUUAAAAAUUGUGUCACUUUUAAAUCUGAAAUAUACGAUAGUAUCCUGUUGUUUUGCUGUAUGCAUAUUUUUGUAACAAAUGUAUGACAUUUAAUCAUUAGUGUUCAUAUUAUUUUUAAUAAAGUUUGUAUCUUUGAUAAA